CCGUGCGCGACGACUUCCGUCCUUGUUUGGACGUUUGGCGCGUACAGCCACAGCGCUGCGCGGCGCUGGCCAGCUAGCUCAACGGACGUCGGCGAGAGGACGAGAGUAAGUGACGAACUUGAAGAGUCAGAUAUCCUCAGUUAGGGCAGCAGAUGUUUUGGUAGGGUGGAGAUGGAGCGGUCUAGCAGCAGGUUGUACUCAGGACCUCUGUCUCAGGGGGCCCGGAAGAUUCUGGCUGUUCUUCGGGCGCAGAGCGACCGCUCCAACAAUCCAAGGCAAAUGGAGAGGUUCUAUGACAGCCAGAGGGAGCUUUGGGCACAGAGCAGCAGGAGCAUGAAUCAGGAGGAGAGAAAAACAGGAGGAGACGCAGAUCGACAAUGGUCCAGGCCUCAGACCUCCGCCGACUAUCAGCGCCCACAAACACCAGAAAGCUCCCCGUCAUCCCAGGCUGCCUCCCGCUGGGACUCACUCCAAAGGGAGACGUCUCAGACGGAGGCCGUCUAUCAAUGCUCACAGGCUUAUUCCCACGGAACGUUCUCCAACACCCCUGCUAACCAGUCCGGACAGGCUCCAUCAUCGAUUCAGUGUGAGCUCUCUGAGACGGAGGCGUGCUCUCUCUCCCAGAGAGACAAAUUCAACCCGUCCCUCCAAAUUCCAGUGAGUCUCUCUGAACAUCAGUGGAGAGACAACACAGAAGAAAUCAGACCAUCUUUCAUUCUCCGCCUUUCUCCAGACGACAAGAGGCCAAAUGAGGUUUUGUUCCCUCCAGUGGCACAAGGGGAGCCUGGUUUGGCUCGUCAACCAUUCUCAUCCCGUCUUCACACAAGUUAUGAUGCAGAUAAUAGCACACAGAAAGAAAAGAAGCACGCUGGGAGCUGGAACAUCCUCAGAAAUGAGCUAGAAAGCGUUGUCGCUUCAGACGGUCGACCGAAAGGGAAGCGACCUCCGUGUGACCCCGCCGAAGAGGCCUCUAGUGGAGGAGGAGACGGAGGCGUAUUAUUUCAGCUGUCAAAGUGUGAAACAGUCAAAACCGGAAGCACACAUUUAUCUCCCAGUGGUUGUGUAAUGAGGCAGGAGACGCUCCGUUAUGCACAUUCACCCGAACUGACGAGACGUCUAGAUGUGGAGGAAGAUCUGGAGCUGACAGGCGGAGAUGGGUUUAAAGGGACGGGACAAACGGAUGCAACACUAUCGAAUAAGACGGGGUCGCCCAGUGAAGUGGAAGAUAAUGACCCUGCGUACAUACGUAACACGCCCGAAGUCAAAGAUGGUGAACGUCCACUGGGCAUCAGGAAUAAAGAGAUGCCAGCGGGAUGUUAUUCUAGCAGUCCAGAAAAUAUCCCUGUAUCUUUACAAAGGGGAACCCACAGGGUGAGCCCUCGCCAAGCUGACAACUCUCCGGUCUCGUGUCAGGGCGAGCCAGAGGUGGAGGUCAGAGGAACCACGGUGGGAAGAGUAGAUGUGACGAAGAGCGGGUUUGAAGUUGAGACCCAGAGCGGGACAAAGGCGGGCCUCCGUGCAGUCACGGAAGAUGAGACGGAGACAGAGCAGACCAGGUUUUCCGACACCCAGCUCAGAAAUAGACCGUUUGAGACGGAUGAUGGAGAAGAGAAGGAGUUACCUAGAAGAGACACAGAGCCAGGAGAAAGGGGGGGAGACAGAAAGGAGUCAGUGACGCCAGAGGACUCGGGGAGAGAGAGGUGUCCCGUGCCGACGUCCCAAGUGGGCUGGGCAAGAGGGUCAAAGCGCAACGUGCCCCGACUCCAUCAGCACCAUGGCGACAUGCAAACCAGUAGUAGAAGCAUCCGUGGGACCAGCUCCAGGGCAGCACUGGUCCCAGCAAACACUUCUGCUAUUGGACCAAAUUCCUCAACAGGCCACAGCUUGGCCUCGUCUGCCUUGAAACCUGACAAAGAACUGGAAAACCGCAGCCUACUCUCGACCAUCCAAACUCAUUUCCAUCAUCGUCCUCUGAUCCCAUCCUCCGCCCUGAAGAGGAAACAUGAAGCACUGUGGCACCAAGGUAACCCUCCUCCCAAAAUCUACCUAGCCAGGCGUCCUCCAAAAUGGGAGCCACCUCGUUCCUCACAAGAAAAGGCAAAGGAAGGAGGAGUCGGCGAGUCAAGGAGAACCUCUGUCCCUGAAUGCCCGGCAGAACCACAGACUAAAGCCAGUCCUUUACAUGAAGAGGGAAUAGUGUCAGGGGAACAUACACACCCACAUGUCCCACAGCAACCUCAACAAAGGGUCAGUAAGAUGGAAGAGAGGGAACAUGAAUCCACCAGGAAUGUUCCCAAUCAGACUCCAGACUCCAGACUACCCCAGAAGAAGAGGGCCAUACGUGGGAUUGACGGCGACGCGAAUGGGUCAAAAACAUCCCACGAAUGGGCGGAUUCUCGUGGGCCCCGAUCCAAAGCCGGCCAUCUGACCGAAACCCUGACAUCUGACCCCAGAGUACAGGCUUACGGUAAGCUGAACACAGAAGAGAAGAUAUGGAUGCUUGAGAAGGCGCGGCGGGCCAAAGCGCUGGUGCUGACCAUGGUCUAUCAGGACGGAACCACACAGUUGGACCCAGAGCAGAAGCUCGCUCCACCAGUGUGCGGCCUCCUCGUACUGAUGAUCUGGAGCGACCCGGACCGCGGCGCACCGGAGGACUCGCUGGGCCCCGACGACAGUCUGAUCUACUUGAAGCUCGCCGAGCAAACGCCUGCGUGGGCCCAACGACCCACGCAUCAGAGCCAGGAACUCUUUACUAGGGACGUGCUGCUCCAGGUGCUGUCGAGAACUCGGCUGGUGUUGUGCUACAAAGCCAAGGAUUUCCUUUGUACGGCGCUGCAGUUUUACAAAGGAGACAUUACCUGGAAGCAAGUGGCACGCUGUCACAUCCACGACCCCCAGGUGUCCGGAUGGCUCCUGGAUCCCGCAGACCCUUCCUCUUGCUACCGGGAUCUUCUCAGUAAACACUGCAAAAGACCGAGUACAACGCUUGUCCCGGGCACAAAGAAGGUGUCUCAGGUGAUCUCAGGCCUCUCUUCGCUUUACUGGCUGCAUAUGGAGCUCUGCUCUAAGCUACAGAGCCAGGGGCUGUCGGAGCUUUACUCGGACAUGGAGCUGAACAUGAUCCCUGUCCUGGCAGCCAUGGAGAGUCAUCACAUCCAUGUGGACAAAGAAGCUCUGAAGAGAACUUCAGACCUGUUGGGGACUAAGAUGAAGCAGUUGGAGCAGGAGGCCCAUCGAGCAGCCGGGCAAAUAUUCCUGGUCACCAGCAGCACUCAGCUACGAACAGUUCUGUUUGAGAAGCUGCGUCUCCAUGAGCGCUGCGAGAACAAGAAACUCCCCAAGACCGUGAACAAACAGCAGCAGUCCACGUCAGAAGCUGCAUUGUUGCAGCUUCAGGACCUGCAUCCUCUGCCAAAGAUCGUUCUCGAGUACAGACAGAUUCACAAGAUCAAGUCCACUUUUGUUGAUGGGAUACUCUCCUGCAUGAUGAGUAAGAACUACAUUUCCUCCACAUGGUACCAGACAAGCGUUGUGACCGGGAGAAUCUCUGCAAAACACCCAAACUUCCAGGCCCUGCCCAGACAGCCACUUCAUAUCACCAAGAAGCAGUGCGUCCAAGGGAAGGAGGAGGAGGUGCUGACCGUCCACCCUCGAGCCAUGUUCAUCCCUCAGAAGGGCUGGACCUUCAUUGCUGCAGACUUCUGCCAGGUGGAGCUGCGUCUCUUGGCUCACCUCUCCUCUGACCCUGAGCUGCUCCACGUUUUCACCAACCCCCAGGCCGACGUCUUCACCAUGCUGGCCUCUCAGUGGAAGGGGGUGAGCGAGGGCGAGGUGACGUCUGAGGAUCGGGAACAUGCCAAACGCGUCGUCUACUCCGUCGUGUACGGGGCAGGCCGGGAGCGUCUGUCGGGGAUCUUGGGGGUGAGUGCCGACCAGGCCGGCCAGUUCCAGGACAGCUUCCUCCAGAGGUACAGGGAAGUCCAGGCCUUCAUCCAGAGGACGGUCCAGCUGUGCCACAAACAAGGUUAUGUGCUGUCCAUCAUGGGUCGUCGGCGGACCCUCCCUAACAUCAACUCUCCAGAUUGGGGAAUCCGCAUGCAGGCGGAGAGGCAGGCUGUCAACUUCACAGUGCAAGGUUCUGCUGCCGAUCUGUGUAAGACGGCCAUGAUCAGAAUCUUCAACCUCGUCUCCACCACCGACUCGCUCACUGCCAGGCUGGUAGCACAGCUCCACGACGAGCUGCUGUACGAAGUGGAGGACGCCCAGGUGGAGAACUUUGCAGCUUUGGUGAAGAGCACCAUGGAGUCGCUGCAGCAUAUCGACCAUCUGGGCGUCCAUCUCAAGGUGCCUUUGAAGGUGGCAGUCUCCAGUGGCAAGUCCUGGGGGUCCAUGUCUGAGCUUGACAUCCCUGCAGCAUCACCCUCUCCUUCUCUUUAAGUCAUUCCUCACCACACCCCCUGUAUUCAAGAUAUAUACUUUUCUUUCACCAUUAGACAUUUUCGCUCUUCCAUCCCUCUCGGUUGCAUUCCCAUCUUUUUUCCCUGGGUCCUCUCGUUUCCACUCCCUUUUUUCCCCCCUAGCCUCUGUCUUCACUUGUCCCGCAUCCACAUUGCUAUGGAAACCAGGCAGCUGCAGUUACUUCCAGCUCCAAAUUCGCGUUUUCACUCCAUCCGUAUCCGGGGGCAACGGCAGGAGCCAUAGACUGGAUUGCACCAGUUCUUCUUCUUUUUUCUCUCUCUCUCGCUCUCUCCAUCCUGAAAAAAAAAUCCUUGUCCUCCUCCUCCUCCUCCUCCUCCUCCUCCGCCUCCGUUUUCACACUAUCUUGUUAAGACCAGCGCUGUUUUCUCUGCCUCGUUGCCAAGGUGAAGUUACACAUGAGAAGAGAGUGCUCGAUAUUUAUUGGUUCAUGAAAUCGGUUGUUAGUAGGCUACGCUGUUGAUCUGCCGUUGAUGUUUUCUUAUGCUUUGUUCGUGCUGAAUAAAAUUUGCAAUUCAUUCUG